UCCUGAGACACAGAAGAAUUCAGUUUAAUCCGCAGAUGUUGAGCAGGGCUAGGACUACCUUGGCACACCACAAGCAAACGGCAGCCACAAGGAAAGCUGCCACUAAGCUGUAACAGCAGAGUGACACCUCCUGUCAGUGUGCCCAUCUCUGCAACUGUAGUCUCCUCACUUCCUGGACACCUCAGAGCCUCCACGGAGUCUUCUCCCCCAGCAGCUCCUGGAGGUUCCUUCUCUCGUCCCUCCGGAGAACACCUCCUCAGCUCCGGUCACAUCUUUUCGACAAACUCUCCUCCCGCAUUAACAGAGCAACAAGCCGGGGGUCGGAGCUCCGGCUGAGUCUCAACUGUUCGCACGGAGCUAGCUUGGAGGCUAGCGGCGUGUUAGCCGAGCAGGCAGCGGGCUGAAGGCUCGGUCCGGACGGCGGACACAAAGCGCGCAGCAUGACCGAAGGGAACCAGAGCAAGGCGGCGGAGGAGCGGGCAGCGAAGGGUCAGAGCGAAGCCAACAGGAAGUUGAAGUACAUCAGCUUGGCCGUCUUGGUGGUCCAGAAUGCGUCACUUAUCCUCAGCAUCCGCUAUGUGCGCACGUUGCCUGGCGACCGCUUCUUCACCACCUCAGCCGUCGUCAUGGCGGAGAUCCUGAAGGUGCUGACGUGUCUGCUCAUCAUCCUGCAGCAGAAGAGAUUCAGUGUGAAGGACACCUUCUUCUUCCUGCUGGACGCCAUCGUGUUGCAGUACAAAGACACCCUGAAGCUGGCCGUCCCGUCCCUCAUCUACACGCUCCAGAACAACCUGCAGUACGUGGCCAUCUCCAACCUCCCGGCCGCCACCUUCCAGGUGACGUACCAGCUGAAGAUCCUCACCACGGCGCUGUUCAGCGUCCUGAUGCUCAGGAAGUCUCUGUCCAAAGUUCAGUGGGUUUCUCUGCUGCUGCUGUUUGCUGGCGUCGCCAUCGUCCAGGUGCAGCAGGAAGGAAACAAAGAGGCGUCGGUGGCGGACGGAUCUAACCAGAACUACACGGUGGGCUUAGUUGCCGUGGUGAUCAGCUGCAUGUCGUCGGGAUUCGCUGGCGUUUACUUCGAGAAGAUUCUGAAGGGGAGCUCGGCCUCCGUGUGGGUGAGGAACGUGCAGCUGGGGAUCUUCGGCAUGGCACUCGGCAUGCUGGGACUGUGGUGGAAUGACGGCGCCGCCAUCGCUGAGCGCGGCUUCCUGUUUGGCUACACCGACAUGGUGUGGUGCGUCAUCUUCAACCAGGCGUUCGGCGGGCUGCUGGUGGCGGUGGUGGUGAAAUACGCAGACAACAUCCUCAAGGGCUUCGCCACCUCCUUCUCCAUCAUCGUCUCCACGGUGAUGUCCAUCUACCUGUUCGGCUUCCACGUGGACCUGCUCUUCACGGCGGGGGCGGGGCUUGUUAUCGGUGCCGUCUACAUGUACAGCCUCCCCAAAGCACCCGGCGGCUCUCUGUCCCCGAGCUCCCACUCGUCUUCCUCGGCGUCUUCCUCUGCGUCUUCAGCAUCGCCCAUGGCGGCCGGAAGCGGCGAGAUGGACGCGUUUCUGCCGAAGUCAGUUAUGGUGAAGUGAUUCUGUUUCUCUCUGGCGCCCCCGGGUGCUCACUUCCUGUCUGCUGUCUGCGGGGUGAAACUAACCAAUCACUGAGCUCCAUCUGCUGCUGCAUCUUCUCCUCUCCCUCCGUAGCUGUCUGCCCUUCAUCUCAGCCUCCUCCUCCAUCCUGCUCUUCUAAACACUAACUCCUCCUCUUCCUCCGUCCACGUCAGACUAACAUCACCGCAGGAGGAGGAGGAGGAGGAGGAGGAGGAAGGAGCUGCAGCAUCUGUUUCCUCUCUGCCUUAAACUAACUGAAUGAAAGACGAAGGCCUUAUGCUGCUCUUGAUUAUUGAUCUGUGGAGGGUGUCAGCUUUCUGUGUUUCUACGCAGCGUCUGAAACAUGACGCUUUCUUUGUGUUUGGUGCCUUUUCUUCAUCUGUACAGAAGCCAUACGGUCGUGUCGCUGUCGCAUUGAUCGGCUGAUCGAUCCCGACAGAUUCCCGACGCUCGUCGUCCUGCGGAGGCGUCUGAAUGUUUCCUGCUCCGGGGACGACGUCGGUCAUCCGUUUGCUGCUGGUUGUGGAUCCACUUUCAGAGGAAAACUGAAGUCUUUUUGUCUCCCGACCGUCAGCUAGGUUCCCUCGGAUCCCGUUUGGAUCCCGUUUGGAUCCCGUUUGGAUCCCAAGCUCAGCAGUGUUGGAAAGUUUUCUUUUAGAUUUUUGGCUCUCAUGAAUGUGAUGCUGAUUGGUCAAAUUAUUCCAGAAACAAAGACAGAAACGGAAUAUUUCACGUUAGAGCUCCAUCCGUCUGAAUAAACACUACUCACGUAAAGUUUGGCAUUUUCAGCUUUUCGUAUGAUGUCAGAACCUAAAAUAUCCCGAAAGCUGAACAGGUCCACUUCCUUUUACGUAUUCAUGCUGUUCUCUAAUCAGAUGUUUGUCGGUCGCUUUGAUUUACCACCCGUUUAGGUCAUUAGAGGACCAAAACGUCCUCUCCCAAAAACGGCAGUAAAAAUGACAGAUCAAUAGAUUUUUCAUUAAUUUCAGUUCUAAUGAAAAUGAUUGAAUAUGUAAUUAUUCAAAUUAUUUUAAACCAUUAAAUUUCUGUUUGACAAACCAACAAAAAAAAAAGUUAUUUUCCAUUUUAAUGGAUUUGAGUGGCCGGGGUUUUAUUUCUCCAUCUCUGUUAUCUGUUAUAAGUUAUCUGAAUUAUUUAAUCGUGCAGUGUUAAAAGUGUUGGAAUCAUUUUCAUAAUUACCUAUUUUAAACUUUUAAUUAGGACUGAAGUUAAUGAUAGAACUGAGCAACACCUUGUAAAGAAGGAAAGUAUCGGAGUAGCAUCAACUUUUAUAUCGUCCAAAAAGUCCGCCUGAAAGAAAUUUCCCCAACUUUUAGUGAGUAGUGUGAAUUUAAAAUCGAAGAUUUUUGUUCAGACGGGUCCAAACUUCGGCGUUUUCUGCUUGUCUGACUGAGGACGGAUCCCUGGUUCUGUGGCCGGUCCGGAUUCAGACGGAAGAAAUUCCCCGAGUGAAGAAACGCAUCCGAGACUUUGCUUUGGCUGAGAUGACUUCUAGUGCUGCGUUCACUGACCGAGAUCUCAGAGCGUCUGGAUUCUGAGCCCGUCACUCGGACAACUCCACACGUCCAUGUGAAAUAUUUCAGUUACGUGAACUUUGGGGACGUUUUUUGUAACUUCUUCCAGUUACCGAACAGCUGACUGGAGGCGGCCAUGUUGUUUCCACCACCCCUCUUUAGACUGCCUUCAUCUCUGCUGAGGUACUUGAAUGCAGCUGAGCUGAGACGAAUCUGAGACGCAGGAGUGAAGAUCCCACGUGUUUUCCUCAUGAGCCGGUCCUAAAACUGAUCCCGGGUCAGAUUAAUCUUCCUUUUGCUCAAUCUGGAGACAAAAACUGAGCAAACUCCCAAAGUACGAAAAAACUUCAGGAUCGAAUUCUCGAAUCAAACUGUGAAAGAAAAAAUCAGUUUUU